UAAAAGAAAAAAAAAUUUCCGCUCAGACGGGUCACUGUCCCACCACCCUAACCUCAUCUAAUCCAGAACUCAUAAAUUCCACAGCAGCAGUCGUUCCCCUGCGAGAGAUUUGGCAUUAGAAUUUUAACGGCUCGUUCAAUCCGUACUCCAUGAUCGUCUACCCGAUUCGACAUGGAAGUUAUCCAGAACUUUCCAGCUUUCAGACUGCAGUGCUCAGCGAUUUCUUGUCUUCUGCCUUCCGAAAAGCACUACCUCUUCGACUUCAGGAGAUUUAUAAUAGAAGAUCUGAAACCCGAAGCCUAUUUGUCUCUGUUAAGAACCAAUCAACUGAAAACGUCGUCAAGUCCAAAGCUUCAACCAAGAAGCAGCCUCGGCUGGAGGAAGAUUCUUCCACGGUCACCUACCUCAUAAACUCAUGUGGGUUGUCCCCAGAAUCUGCAAUCUUGGCGUCUCAGAAGGUACAAUUUCAAAACCUGGUGAAACCUGAAUCUGUUCUAGCCCUUUUGAGUGAUUUCGGAUUCUCCAAAACCCAAAUCUCUAGUAUUGUCAGGAAACGCCCGCUCUUACUUUUAGCUGAUCCAGUGAAUACCCUUUUGCCUAAACUCGAGUUCCUGAGAUCUAUAGGCAUUUCAAAAUCUGAUCUUGCGAGAACCCUUUCUGCGGAUGCAACCCUUUUGACAAGAAGCCUAGAGAAUCAGAUUAUACCCUCUUAUAAUUUCCUCAAGAGUGUGCUUUUAACUGAUGAAAGGAUUGUUUCUUCUAUGAAGCGAACUACUUGGAUCUUUUUGGAGGAUCCUUCCAAGAAUUUGGUACCUAACAUCACGAGACUGAGUGAAUUGGGUGUGCCCCAGUCGUGCAUUAUUCUGUUGCUUACUCAUUUCCCUGAGGCUGUGAUGCAAAAGCAUGAGCAAUUCAGUAAAAUUGUGGAUGAGGUUAAGGAAAUGGGGUUUGAUGUAAAGAAAACUACAUUUGUAUUGGCAGUCCAUGCUCUUUCCGGGAAAGGAAAUAAGUCUACAUGGGAACGGUGUUAUGAGGUUUACAAGAGGUGGGGUUGGUCUCACGAUAUGAUUCUAGAGGCUUUUAGGAAGCACCCACAUUGUAUGAUGUUAUCAGAGGGAAAAAUCAUGAAAGGAAUGGAUUUCUUGGUGAACAAGAUGGGGUACCCUUCGCAAGUGAUUGCGCAAUUCCCUAUGGGAUUGUUUUUCAGUUUGGAGAGGAGAAUCAUCCCAAGAUGUAGAGUUAUUCAGGUUUUAUCGUCUAAAAGACUGAUAAAGGAUGGUUUGAGUUUGGCUAGUUUUUUGGUUCCUGUGGAGAAAUGUUUUCUGGAGAGGUUUGUGAACAAGUAUUAUGCAGAAAUACCUCAAUUGCUGAGUGUAUAUGAAGGAAAGCUGAAUCCCGAGGAUGUGUAGUUUGAAAACUUAUGGGAUGCAUGAAACUAAAACAAGUUUUACUUGAUUGUUGUCAUUGUUUUAUUAUUGGAAUGGAAGCUGUUUAUUAUUACAAUAACUGAUAUUUGCUUCUGUUUCAUUGUUUCCUGCUUGAAGCUUUUAUUUCUUUUGCCUCUUGGCAUGUGUAAUGGUGAUUUUGGAACACAGGUUUCUACGUUGAUGCUUCUCUCUUAAUGGACCAUUUCAUGCUUGUAUUGAUCAGCAAAAUAUUCUUUGUUCA